AUGCAAAAAGAACAAAAAGAAAUAGAAAAAAAGAAAAGAAUAGCAGAAUAUCCUUCAUCUGAUCAAGUAAUCAUAAGAAAGCAGUGGAGAGAGAGAAAGAAGAAAAGUAAGAAAGAACCUAAGCCUGAAGUAGUGCCUUUAGAAGGACAUGGACAAAUUUUAACACAGAAGAGAAAUUAUAAUAGAAGGGUCAUUUAUAGACUGAAAAAUGAAAACACAAAGCUAGAAGAGGAAUAA